CCAACACCAACAUCGCUCAGUGACUUCAUCGCAGGUCUCACUCACCCUUCGUCAACCCCGGCCUGCCACCUCAAACCCAGGAUGUCUAAGAGAGAUCGCGAUGGCAAAAUGCGGGCCUACGAACCCAAGCAGAAGCCGGCAGCCCCCGAGUCGCAGUUCACCCCCAUGUUCAUGAACUUUCGCAAUGAGCUCGACCAGCACCACGACCGGAGGGAACGUGUUAUCAAAGCUUCGAGAGACGUCACAGCCUUGAGCAAGAAGAUCAUCUUUACCUGCCAAAGGGUCAACAAGCUGGGCGACCUCCCCAACUUCGCAACUAAGGAAAUCGCCACCCGUAUGGAGGAGAUUAAGAACCACCUCACCGCGAUCGAGCCCGACAUCCAGGGCAUCAACCGCUACCGCUACGCCUACUCCCUCCGCUGCCUGGAGGAGCUGGUCGAGGCCCUCUCCUUCUCCCACUACCUCCGGACCCAGACCCUCAUCAGCCCCGAAGAGACGGCCGCCGCGGUGCCAGCCAACGUCUCCAUUACCGAGAACGACUACAUGUACGGCCUCUUCGACCUAUUUGGCGAGAUGAUGCGCUUCGCCACCGUCACCACCGCCCAGACGGGCCAGUUGGCCGGUAUUGAGGGCCGCAACAUCCUGCAGGACAUUCACGAGCUGAGCAGUUGCUUCGAGAUCCUCCCGGAGAUCCCGACAAAGGACUUCAGGGGCAAAAUGGAGGUCAUGCGGCAGUCGGUGCGCAAGGUGGAGAAGCUGGGCUAUGGGUUGGCCAUCCGGGGUACGGAACGGCCCAAGGGCUGGGUGCCGGACAUGAAAGAGGACUUUGAUCCUUCUUCAUUGGAUUGAAGCUUUCGCUGGAUACUAUCAUACGAGGAGCAACACGAUGUCUCGGGAGCGCGCAACAAAGGGCGGCAAGAGGAGGUCUUUGUUAAAAAGGAACGUGGGGCUUCAAACCAUGUUGUUGUUUAUUGUUGUUCCUACCGCCUGUCUGCACACUGGCCCACGAUGAAAUAUGACAGCAUCUACGAAACUCUCUUUUUCAACCAUUAACGCAGUUAAGAAUGGGUUCAAAUCA